AUACACAUGUAAAAGACAAUAAAUUGACUGCAGGAUGGACCCUACCGCAGGGGGAACGGUCCCCGUGAACGCGGUGCCCGCGGACAUAGUCGCGCUGCUCGGCUAUAACGAGACCGGCGCACAGUUCUUCCGCCGCGUGCAGCAGGAGCGCGUUCUCACCGGCUUGCACUCGCUUGACAGGAACGUGGUUCUGCGGCCGGGCGUUGUGCUGGAGGUAGCGGGGCCGCCCGGCAGCGGCAAGACCGAGCUGCUGCUCUCUGUGCUGCUGAACGUGCUCGUGGCGCCCUACCUUGAGCCAGCAGCCUGGGUGGUGCGGCAGCGGGGGCAGCCGCAUCGCCAGGGGGUACUGCAGGAACCCCAAGGGGCAGGCGGCGGUGGCGGUGGCGGCGGCGGGAUGUGGGUCGGGGGCGGGAAUGCCUCGGACGCGACUGCCAGGCUACCGGCGCCGCCACCCGGCGCGGGCCAGGUGGUCUUGCUUGACCUGGAUGGCAAGUUCGACACUUGGAGACUCGCACAAGUGCUGGGCAAACAGCUGCAACUCUUGCGGGCGGACGUGGCAAGCAUGCGGCUGGAGGCGGCGCAGCAGCAGCACCAGCGCCUGCGCCAGCACAUAGCUGGCAGCGGGCCGCCUGCGGGCGGGGGGCCGGGCCCGCCGCCGCCGCAGCAGCAGCAGUGGAGCGGGGCGGAGGCAGGAACGCAGGGCGAGGAGGAGCUUCUUACGCAGGCGCAGGUGGCGGAUGAGAUGCUGUCCCGGCUGCACGUCGUGCGCUGCACCAGCUCCCUGCAACUGCUGGCCGCACUGGUGGCCAUGCCGGCGCGACUCGAGGCCUGGCAGGCUGCGGGCGUUGGCUGCCGGCUGCUGCUAGUGGACAGCGUGGGUGCGCACUACUGGCGGGACAGGUCCGCACGCAACGUGACACUGCCCGGCGGAGCGGGGGCAGCGGCAGGUGGCGGGGCGGGCGGGGCAGCCACACCGUACCACGCCCAGCACCACCAGCACAUGCCACCGCCGCAGCAGCAGCAGCAGCAGCAGCACACGCCCAUGCAGCAGCAGCGGCAGCAGCAAGGCCGGCCAGGCGGCGCGGGGGGUUGGCAGCAGCCGCUGCCGCAGUCCUUGUUUGAGGUGCAUGCAGCUAUUGCCGCCCGGCUGCAGCUGCUGGCUCGGAGGUACCGGCUGCCGGUGAUUGCGACAAAGACGGCGGCCGUGACCGCGCGCGGCCUGGCCGGCGACAGCGACUGGCCGGCGCCAGACGGCGGCGCGGACGAGUGGGGGCCGCGGCCGCCGGCGUGUGUGCAGCUGCAGCAGCGCGAGUUCAUGCCCAUGCCGUGGCAGAAUGUAGUGACACAUCGGCUCCUGCUAUAUCCGCGCGGCGUCACCAACUCAUCGGGCCCAGCCACGGCAGCCGGGGCCACGCAAACGGCUCAACAGCAGCGCACUGCGAUCACCACCGUGUGGGCCGAACUGAUGGGGGCCACGGGAGCAACAGCGGCGGUUGCCGGCGCAGCCGGGGAUGCGGGAGGCGCGGCGGCAGGGCCCGGGACGCCAGGAGGCGGAGUAGUUGGCCGGUGUGUGUCCCGCCUGGUUAUUGCAAGCGCAGCCAUGAUUGAGGUCUAGCACAGCUGGUGGUUGAAGCGCCGCUAGGCUGAGAGUGCACGGCGUGUUGGUUUGGGGACGCAGAAGGAGGAUGCAAGAACGUCGUGGCUCCGUUGUGCAGUGUGUAGCAGGUUGCGUGGGGGAAGCGUUAAAUUUGACGUUCUUGAAAAAACGCAACACGCACAAGCGAAGUGCAUAGUGGCAUAGGCAUAGUGCAAUCGGGGUCAUGGUCGUGUUGACGGGCAAGACUGAAGCACUGGCGGGCAGGCGGCUCGUGACACAGCUGCAACGUGAGACGUGCAG